GAUCUAGUUGGCGAAACGCACAAAACGGCUUUUUUUUGUUUACGCCAACCGAAAAAAUCCGCAAAAGGGUGAAAAAUCUCCAUUUUCAAGGGUUUUUCCGGCUUAAAUUGAGGGAUUGUUGCACGAGAAAAGGUAAUGGACGCGAAAUACAAAAUACUAACAAGUGUGGAUCCAUCAAAAGUACCAGUAACCGUGGGAAAAAAAUUCAGCAAAUUGGCGCUCCGGAAACCUGUGGAAGCUGUUCAGGAGAUUGUGAUGGCCAAUCCUGUGCAGAGAGUUCUGUUCCCAAGGGAGAAUGAGGAGGGAUCUGGAGGGAGUUUCUUAACGGAUGACGAGAGUGACAAAGAUGUGAGUAGAGAUGAUACCCAUUGCAGUGAUUUGGACACACAAAUGUCCAAGCUGGGGAUUGUGUCACCGCCCAAGAGAGAUUCCCGGGAGAAUGUGAUGAAAUCCGUGGAGAAGGUGAAGCAGGGAAUGCGGGAACUUGGGAUUCCAACGCAGGAAGUGAUUAAUGAUGAUCUCAGGACUCAGGAUAUGCCAUCCUUCCAUCUCGAUUUGGCUGCCCAAGAUGACCCGGAAAGUUCGCUCAGCUUAUCCAGGGAGAUGAUGAAGCAAAUGAACAUCAAGGAAGACCAGGAAGAUGCAUCAAAUCCCUCAAUUGUUUGCAUCAGCAGUGAAGACAAUGAGGAGGACGAGGAAGAUGAAGAAUCAGAUGAAGUAGUGGAUGCUACUCCAGAGGUAAUCGUCCUGGAUUCCAGCAAUGAGCUGCCGUUGAAAGACUCCAUCCCUGUUAUUAGCCAACUCACCACGGAGAAGGGAAGCAUCACAAGCACGGCUGAGAAUAGACUGAAUGAAUUCUUUGAUAAAAUCCCAUCUCUCAAUGCCACCCUCUCACCACACUACUCCACAAAUAGACUCCUUGUUCCGGAAAGCAGUGAAAUCCGGGAAAGCCUCCUGCGGGUUGAAGAAGAUGCCGUUGAACUCCCGGAAACGGAUGAUGAAGCCCAAAAUGAUCUCAAGAGUGAUUCAGGGAUUGAGAAAGGAGAACCCUCAGUGCGUGAAGGGAAGUCCGAUAAAUCCCAAACUGUAAAUAUUUCCGCAAAGAUUCGGAUUAACAUUCAAAUUGAGGAGGAAGAGGUGACAUCAAGUAGCGAUGAUGACGGAGGGGCUGAAGCUCCUGCAAAGGAGGCAGAAGCAAAAGAAAGCUCUGAAGAGAAAGAUCAGGAGGAGGAUGGAAUUGAACUUGAUCAACAUAUGGAGAGUAUCCUCACUGAAGCUUAUGGAGAUUCGUGGAAAACUAAGGAAGUCUUGGAUUCCAUUAAGAAGAAGAAGAAGAAGCCAGUGGAUGAGAAACGUGCCACCAACUACAACAAAUUCUUUAGAAAUCUCCCAACGGAUUUGGAAUCAACGAGAUUCAAUGUGGACGUAGAGAGAAAAGCACCUCCAGCGCCAAUUGCUUCAUCUUCAAAGUAUCCUGAGAAGGCAGGGAAGCAGAAAACUCCUGCAAAGAAGGAACCAUCGAAGAAUGAACCAAAGUACAGGAAAUUCCUUAAAAUCUGUGAUUCAGACACUGAAUCUGAGGACAAUGCUCCGUCGGAAUCAUCAGAUAAUUCCUGGAAGAUGAGUAGUGAAGAUGUAGAAAGCUCCUCCGCCACCUCAUGUGACUCCUCCCCUGUGCAGAAGCCAACAAAGAAGAAGCCCGGGAAGAGGAGAAGGAAUUUACGGAAACGCGAUGACUUGGAAUUCACACAAAAUGCCUCAAGUGACAGUGAAAAUACCUUCUUUGAGAAUAAACCACCGAAGGAGCCACAAAAUGAGGAGGUAAAUCCCUGCACGCCAAAGGACAAGAUCCUUGAUGAUGGCGCACGAGCACUGCCAACGACAAAGAGGAAGCUCUUCUCGCGGAAACUCUACAAUCUCGAAGAUGAUUUCCCCGUGAAUGAUGAUGAGGGUGAAAGGAAGGCGGCGCUAAAGGAGAAGAGUCUCAAUGAAAUGAUUUCUCCUCUCCCUGCAUGGGCAAUGCCCACAAAGACACCCAAACCUGUCAAUAAGAAGCUCGAUUCGGUGAAGAAGGUAACCCCAAAGCCCCGGAAGAAGGAUUUGGCCCCGGAGGUGGUGUCGCCGUUUUUUGUGCAGCAGAAAAAUGAGAAAAAAUGCUACGGAUUCCUGUAUUCACUCAAUCCAACGACUCCACGGCAACUAUCCCAUCCGGAAGCGCUCAAUUUCCGGGAGAACUAUCGCUCCCUCAAAGGGGAACUCGCUCUUGAGCUAUACAGGCGCUUCAAUGGCGAAAUCUUUGAGAAUAAAUUAAAUGUUCCAAUUAAAUGGAAUAAGAAGCUUCUCACAACAGCAGGACGAUGCACAAACAUGCAAAGAAAUGGCACAAAGCUCUCGGAGAUUGAGCUGAGUGAGAAGGUUCUCACGAGUGCUGAUCGCCUCCGGUGCACACUUGUCCACGAACUCUGUCACGCAGCUGCGUGGACGUUGGAUGGGGAAAAGAAGGGGCAUGCGGUGAAUUGGAAAAAGUGGGCUAUGCAGGCAAAUAAGAUCUUCCCGGAACUGCCGAAGAUCACCGUGUCCCAUGACUAUGACAUUGAGUACAAGUACACGUAUGAAUGCGUGGGGUGUGGGGCAAAGACCAAAAUGCACUCAAAGACGAAGAAAGUGGAGAAUAUUCAGUGCAAAUACUGCAAAGGUGCCAUUCAGGUGUUCCUCAAUAAGAAGACAAAAGACGGGCAGGUGAUUCAAACGCCCGUGCGUGAGCCAAAUGGCUUUGCAAAGUUCGUGAAGGAGAAGUACAAAAUUUUCAAGACGCCUCAGACAACACAUGCAGAAACAAUGAAAAUUCUGAGUCAGGAAUUUACAAAGAUUAAUCUCAAAAAUUAGAAGGAAUUAUUUUUCUUUUUCGAAAAUAUUAAAAAGACUUUUCACAUAAAAAAAAUUAUUAAUGUAAGAUUUUGUAAAAAAAAAAGAUAUUCUUUAAUUAUUUUUUUAUUAAAGAAUAUUUUGCAAUAAAAA